CACGCAACCUGCAACAUCCGGGUAUUUUUUGAGUCCACUGUUUGGUUUAGCUAGUGUUUGCAGGCUGUGUCAAAUUCAAGUGAAUAGGCUGGGGCUUGACACUCAUUUGGCCAUAACAGCUCCGGCCUAAAAAUUCAAAGGAGGGACAUUUUAACUAUACUUUACGUCGACAAAUGUUAAAGUAAUGCAUCCCUGGUUUAGUCAGAACAGGGAGUUCCGCACUUUCACAAAUUGAUGCACUGUGAGGUGAUUGCUAGCUAGCUAACGUUACCCGCAAACUCCCUCCAUCUCGUCGGUGUUUCUGUUUCGGUCACAGCACCUCUGCUCUGUUGCUGUCUUUACAACUUCAAAACAGGUCUUUCGGAUUUUGGUUUUAAGAGCUACAAUGGGGGCGUUUUUGGACAAGCCAAAGAUGGAGAAGCACAAUGCUCAUGGUGAGGGGAACAGUCUGACCUAUGGCCUGAGCAGCAUGCAGGGCUGGAGGGUGGAGAUGGAGGAUGCGCACACGGCAGUCAUUGGCCUGCCUCAUGGGCUCGACCCUUGGUCCUUCUUUGCUGUCUAUGAUGGGCAUGCUGGCUCCCAGGUGGCCAAAUACUGCUGUGAGCACCUGCUGGAGCACAUCACCAGCAACCCAGACUUCCAGAGUGGUCUGGAGCCCAACGUAGAGAGUGUGAAGAUCGGCAUCCGCACAGGUUUCCUGCAGAUUGACGAGCACAUGCGGAACAUCUCAGAGAAGAAGCACGGUGUGGACCGCAGUGGCUCAACUGCGGUGGGGGUCAUGAUUUCCCCAGGCCACAUCUAUUUCAUCAACUGUGGAGACUCCCGGGGUCUUCUGAGCCGUGGAGGAGCUGUGCACUUCUUCACACAGGACCACAAGCCCAGCAACCCACUGGAGAAGGAGAGGAUUCAAAACGCCGGAGGCUCUGUCAUGAUCCAGAGAGUGAACGGCUCUCUGGCUGUGUCCCGGGCCCUGGGAGACUUCGACUACAAGUGUGUGCAUGGCAAGGGCCCCACUGAGCAGCUGGUUUCACCAGAGCCUGAGGUGUAUGCCAUUGAAAGGUCUGAGGUGGAAGAUGAGUUUAUUGUCCUAGCCUGCGAUGGCAUCUGGGAUGUCAUGGCCAAUGAGGAACUGUGUGACUUUGUCAGGUCCAGGCUAGAGGUGACCAAUGACCUUGAGAGAGUCUGCAAUGAAAUUGUUGACACUUGCUUGUACAAGGGGAGUCGGGACAAUAUGAGCGUUGUGCUGAUCUGCCUCCCAGGGGCUCCAAAGGUGACUGCAGAUGCCGUGAAAAGGGAAGCAGAGCUGGAUAAGUACCUGGAGAGCAGAGUAGAAGAGAUCAUAAAGAAGCAGGGAAACGAAGGGGUUCCAGACUUGGUCCACGUGAUGCGGACGUUAGCAUCAGAGAGCAUCCCUAACCUCCCUCCUGGGGGUGAACUGGCCAGCAAGCGAAACGUUGUUGAAGCGGUGUACAACAAACUCAACCCAUACCGAAGUGACGACACAGACUCAGCGUCCACAGACGACAUGUGGUAACACAACCCCCACCACAAACACAGCACAGAGUUUACAACCCGCAACCCUCUCAAGACCCACAGCAGCUCCGUUCAGCAGUCUGUCUCCCCACCACUUUGAGCGUUACAUUUUUAAGAAGGGAAUAUGAUGGGAGGACGAGGAGAUGCAAACACACCUCUACACCCUGGAUAGUGCAGCACCAGUCCGCUCUGAAGUUCAGGAUUCCCUCCAUUUUGUCUCACCUUUUACCCCCCCCCAACCUUACCCAUAACUAGCAAGUCCAUUAGGUUCUUUUAUAAAUUCAGCUGAAACAAUUUAUUUUUUUGCUGUAAUUAGUUUGAUUCACAUUUCCUUGUGUUUUGUAUGUUUUUGUGAAGUGCAAUUGUUGUGUACAAACAGCCUGUAUUUAAUGCAGCUUGAGUUCAAGUAAAACAAUGAAAGAAGUGAGAAAGAUAACCUUUUAUGCACUAUCUGCCUUUUUCCUGCUCUUCUGGAGUUCCAACAAAUGUCUAUUCAGUGAAUAUUACUGUUUGUCCUCCAGGUGAUAUUAUCCUCCUGCUCUUGUUCUUUUUUAGUUUAAGUCUUUGCUCAUUAAAGAAACGGGUAAAUUGUAUAGGUUCACAGCACAGUAAGCUCUCUAAAUCUAACCAUUAUAAAUCCUAAUAUUUACAUGUUCAAUUUUAAUUAUUUUUCAUAUACCUUUUUCUUUAUACGCUGUAGUAACUAUGGUAAAGUGUUACACAGUCCUUCAUUGUGUUCCUGUCUUUUGGAGAGAAAUGAUCUUGUUGCUCUCCUGUAAACAACAAGAUGCAAGUGAAGAUUAUCCCACCUGACACCUUUUAACACUUGCUGUGUUGGAUUCCGUGUGUGUGUGUGUGUGCGUAUACUGGCAAGCGUGCCUGGGUGCUUGUGUGUAUGUGUAGAGGUAGGUCUCUAUCUGCAGCACUGUAGCUACUAGCUAAUGUUUGCUAUGGUGGUGCUGAUGUCAGAACCACAUGGGCUGGAGAUUUAGGCGCCAUUACUCCUACAUACCUCUUCUGCACCUCAUCAGUCCUUCAUAUCAGCACAAUACAAUCUCUCACUACCCCUCACUCAGAUAACACUUUAUUUGACAGUGGAAGGAUUAAGUUGACAAAUUGCAAUUUGUACUUCAAAAUGACAUCUACCACAACCACUUUGUAAUUGUCAGUGAAGUCUGACACAGUUAACCUGUCUAAUGACAUACAGUGAUUUAAAAAAUAAAAUUUUAUUUUUUAUUUUUUUAGUUUGAACCUUGACUAGUUGACAUGUUUUCAUGUGUCAUGAGUGUUAGAUCAUUUACUUUGAAUAAACCACAUGAGGUUGGUGGCACCUUAAUUGGGGAGGAUGGGCUCAUGGUACUGGCUGGAGUGGAAAAGUAUCAAACGCAUGUGUUUGAUGCCAUUCCAUUUGUUCCAGACAUGAGCCGUCCCAUCUGCAGCCUCCACUGGAAUAAGCAUAAUAUGUGACAGGUGCCACGUGGUCUAUGAUAGCAUAGGUCAGCUUUAUGACAGCCCAUGCCAAGUUAAGUUUUCUAAGUUUCAGAGAGGAGUUCAAAUCACAACAUUUAAGUGUUUAAGUGCUGAUUGUUAGAAACCCUAGUUACCACCACCAGUCUAAGUGAACAUUCAAUCUUCUAAUUCCAAUUUCCAAGUGGUGUUUUUUCUAAAGAAGCAAUCUUCAGUUGUUACAUGCAUUUUUGGGCUUGUAAAUUAAUGGUAUGUUCACAUUUUGUUUCUUGAAGAAUAUAACUUAAAUGCCUAGGGCUUAGUUAGGUCAACUGCUGAUAUACGCUUGUUUUACUCAAAUUCUUGUAAAAUUGUGAACAAACACUAGCCUAAAAAUAUGGAUAAAACUAUCAUUUUGAUAUCAUGGAUGGUCAGUCUUUGCAUGCAUAGCUCUAUGCAUUUGAUUGGUUACAUUUCUCCAGCUUCAACCCUUAGCUUUUUACAGAAACAGGGGUGUUAUAGUUUCAACUGCUGAUUGCUGCUUUAAAUGUUGCUAUAUUCAACUAUACAACCAAGAACAAAUCCACUAAAUGCAUUGAGCUCUCCUAGAGGUCCUUGUAUUUACUGUGUGGUUUGGGGUGCUCUUACUGUAGAGACCUCAGCCACUGCACCAGGAGCUAGGGCACGUUAUGCUGCUAAAGUGUAUGAUUGAUUUGCAAUUAAUUUUUCCCUUUUAAGAAAAAAGUGUAUAGUAUGUAUUUCGUGGUGAGAUGGUUUUAUUUAAAUGUGUUUUCUUCCAUUGUUUAAAAUUCAUUGUUGUAUGUAUAUACAGUCAGUGGCCAGUUUAUUAGGUACAUCCAUCUAGAACCAGGUCGGAUCCCGCUUUGCCUCCAGAACAGCCUGAAUUAUUCGGGGCAUUCUACAUGGUGUCGGAAACAUUCCACAGGGAUGUUGGUUCAUGCUGACGCGAUGGCAUCGUGCAGUUGCUGCAGAUUAGACGGUGGUACAUUCAUUCUGCGAACAGCCCGUUCCAUUUUAUCCCAAACAUAGUCUAUUGAGUUGAGGUCUGGGGACUACGCAGGCCACUCAAGUAAGCUGAACUCACUGUCAUGUUCCAGGCAAUGUUUUUCCACUCAAUUGUCCAGUGUUGGUGAUCGCAUGCCCAUUGGAGACGCUUCUUGUUUUUAGCUGAAAGGAGUGGAACCCGGUGUGGUCAUUUACUACAAUAGCCCAUCCGUGACAUGGAUCGACGAGCUGUGAGGUCCCGGAUGCCGUUCUACACACACCACUGUUGUACUGCACUGUUAUUUGUCUGUUUAUGGCCCGCCUGGUAGCUUGCACGAUUCUUGCCAUUCUCAUUCGACCUCGCUCAUCAACGAGCUGUUUUCACCCACAGGACUGCCACUGAUUGAAUGUUUUAUUGUUUGUCGCAUCAUUCUCUGUAAACCCAAGACACUGUCAUGCGUGAAAAGCCCAGGAGGGAGGUCGUUUCUGAGAUACUGGAUCCGGCGCGCCUGGCACUGACCAUCAUACCACGCUCAAAAGUUGCUUUGGACACUCGUUUUGCCCAUUCUUACGUUCAAUCAAACCGUAAUUGAAGGCUUCGAUGCCUGUCUGCCUGCUUUAUAUAGCAAGCCAUGGCCACGUGACUCACUGUAGGAGCGAUCCAUUUUCGUAAACGGAGGGGUGUACCUAAUAAACUGUCCACAGUUUAUUGGGUUAGAUAAGUGGUGAGCAAGAUGCUCUUGUUUUGUUUGUGGAUGUUUAAUCAAUUAGAAUGGAGCACUGUAGGUUAAGGUGCCCUUCUAAUACCUGUGGGCUCUGCUCAGGGUUGGGACACUAUCCUGUUUGUCUGACACACAGGGUAACGUACUGAAUUUGAAAUUCUCUCUCUUUAACCAACUGACAAUCUAAUGAUGUAGGCUAACUUCAGGCAACAAACUACCAUGUUGUCUCCUGAAUUUGACCCCUAUAUAUUGUUCAACAUUUUGUGGUCACUUAGAAAUGUCCUUGUUUUUGAAAGAAAAGCUAUUUUUUUGUUGUCCAUUUUUAAAAUAACAUCAAAUUGAUCAGAAAUACAGUGUGGACACUUGAUGUUGUAAAUCACUAUUGUAGCUGGAGACGGCUGAUUUUUAAUUGAAUAUCUACAUAGGCGUACAGAGGUCCAUUAUCAGCAACCCUCACACCUGUGUUCCAAUGGCAAAAAAGCUAAUUGAUCAUUAGAACCCAUUUGCAAUUAUGUGAGCACAGCUGAAAACUGUUCUCCUGAUUUUAAGAACCAAUAAAUAUGGCCUCCUUUAGGCUAGUUGAGUAUCUGGAGCAUCAGCAUUUGUGGGUUCGAUUACAGGCUCAAAAUGGCCAGAAACAAAGCACCUUCUUUUGAGACUCGUCAGUCUAUUAUUGUUCUGAGAAGUGAUGGCUAUUCCAUGCAAGAAGAUCUCAUACAAUGCUGUGUACUACUCCCUUCACUGGCUCUAACCAGAAUAGAAUGAGUGGGAGGCCCCGGUGCACAACUGAGCAAGAGGACAAGUACAUUAGUGUCUAGUUUGAGAAACAGACGCCUCACAAUUCCUCAACAGUCAGCUUCAAUUAAUAGUACCCACAAAAUACCAGUCUCAACAGUGAAGAGGCGACUCCGGGAUGCUGUUCUUCUUGGCCGAGUUGCAAAGAAAAAGCCAUAUCUCAGACUGGCCAAUAAGAAAAAAAUAUUAAUAAGGGCAAAAGAGUACAGACACUGGACAGAGGAACUCUGCCAAGAGGGCCAGCAUCCCGGUGUUACCUCUUCACUGUUUACGUUGAGACUCAGUUGUGCACCGGGGCCUCCCACUCAUGAUGCUGAUGCUCCAGAUACUCAACUAGUCUAAAGAAGGCCAGUUGUAUUGCUUCGUUAAUCAGAAUAACAGUUUUCAGCUGUGCUAACAUAAUUGCAAAAGGGUUUUCUAAUGAUAAAUUAGCCUUUAAAAAUGAUAAACUUGGAUUAGCUAACACAACAUGCCAUUGGAACACAGGAGCGAUGGUUGUUGAUAAUGGGCCUCUCUACGCCAAUGUAGAUAUUCCAUUAAACAUCUGCCGUUUCCAGCUACAAUAGUCAUUUACAACAUUAACAAUGUCUACGUAUUUCUGAUCAAUUUGAUGUUAUUUUAAUGGACAAAGAUAUUUGCUUUUUUAUCGAAAACAAGGACAUUUCUAAGGGACACCAAACAUUUGAACGGUAGUGUGUAUGUGUGUGUAUAUAAAAUAUAUUAUAUUACACACACACCCACAGUUUAGAGAUGGUUUGAUAUGCCACCCUUUUAUUACUGUGUUUUAUGCGUACCUGCAGUUGUUUAGAAAGUAAACCAUUUAAAGUAUGUCUCAGAUUAACGCUGAAAUAUGUUUGUCCAUGAAUGAGGGACUUGGACCCAGGUUCUUUUUUGUUGUGAACUUGAUAUACGAACAGUUGAUGUACCCUUAAACUGCUGAAAUGUCAAUCACACAAACACUUAUUGUUCAAUUGUAUACUUAAGUCAAACAAUGCUUCAUAAUUAUUACACAGCAUUUGCGAUCUUAGAAAAAACAUUAAGUGACUGAAUGAAUCCGGUACCCAAGUCACUUUUUUAAAAUGAGAAAGAAAUGUGGUUAGUUUGGUAAUCGUUAAAAAAAAAUUAAAAGUUGUAUUUCCCCACUGGUUUUGUGGAAGGGAACCAACUUUUUAGGAGCACAGAGCCGCCCGCUGUAACACACAAGCCCUAGCUGUUUUAGCACCUGCAUAGACAAUUGGAUCUUCCCCUGAGGAUUGCAAACGUUCAUUGUCCUUAUACUCAAGUAUUUUCUCCAGAAAUACUGCAGAAUGUAUAUAAUUUUCAAGUACCUAAAUGAAGUCAAAGGAAAAUCUGUCUUAACCUGUUUUAAACUUGCAGGUUACUUGUUUACUGUCAAUGUUUUUAUAAGGCUAGACUGGAAAUAAAUAUAUUUUAUUUCAGAAAUGCAUUACUUUUAUCUUUAGGUUAGCCGCAUAUUUUUCAGUCAUCUGUACAGCUUGACACUGAUUUUGUGCUGCGGCGCUUUUGUUUUUAAAGAGUUUUGGAUAGUAUGUUAGUGUUCUGUUGUCGACACACCAGUUUGAAUGCGGACUACUUGCAUAUAUACUGUAAGACUUGCAUAGUGACUAAGGUGUUAGAGAUGGGGCCUUACAUGAAUAUGUCAUGUAAUUAUGUGAGCCUCAUAAGGAACGUAUGUACAGUGCAUUCAAAGUAGCCAUACACUUCGACUUAUUCCACAUUGUUGUUACAGCCUGAAUAUAAAAUGUAAAAAAAAAAAAUUCCCUCACCCAUCUACUACUCACCACCGUAUAAUGACAAAAUGAAAAUGUUUUUCUAAUUUAUUGAAAAUGAAAAUGAAAUCCAGAUAUAAUUUACCUAAGUGUUCACACCCAAUGGUUAAUACUUUUUAGAAGCGCCUUUGGUGGCGAUUGCAGCUUUGAGUGGUCUUGGGUAUGUCUAUAUCAGCUUUGUACAUCUGGAUUUUGUGAUUUAUUUUCCCCCCAACCCCCCAUUCUUCCUUGCAUAUUUUCUCAAGCUCUUAAGUUGGAUAGGGAGCGGUGGUGAACAGAUAUCUUCAAGUCUUUCCACAGAUUUAAUGGGAUUCAAGUCUGGGCUUUGGCUGGGACACUCAAGGACUUGCACUUUCUUGUUCUGAAGCCAUUCCAGCGUUGCUUUGGCUUUAUGCUUGAGGUCAUUGUCCUGUUGGAAGGUAAAUCUUUGCCUCAUUCUAAGGUCAUUUGCACUCUGAAGCAGGUUCUCAUCAAGGAUUUGCCUGUAUUUGGCUCCAUUCAUUGUUCCCUCUAUCCUUACCAGUCUCCCAGUCCCUGCCGCUGAUGGUAGGGAUGGCGUUAGAUGAGCUGUGCCUGGUUUUCUUCAGACAUAGAGCUUUGCAUUCAGGCCAAAUAAUUACAUUUUUGUCUCAUCAGACCACAAUCUUUUGCCUUAUGCUUUCAGUCUUUCACGUGCCUUUUUGCAAGCUCCGGAUGUGCUGUCAUAUGCCUUUUUCUCAAGAGUGGCUUCCGUCUGGCCACUCUCCCAUAAAGCCCAGAUUGGUGAAGUGCUGUAGAGACCGUUGUCCUUCUGGCAGGUUCUCCCAUCUCACCCAAGGAGUUCUGUAGUUCUGUCAGUGGUUAUUGGGUUCUUAGUCACCUCCCUGAUUUGAAGGUCCUUCUUGCUCAGUUUGGUCAGACGGCCAGCUCCAGGCAGAGUCUGGGUGGUUCCAAUUUUAUUUAAUUUUUUCAAAGUUCGAGACCACUGUGCUCUUGGAACUUUCAGGACUGUAGAAAUGUUAUACCCUUCCCCAAGGUAUUCCUUACCACAAUUCUGUCUCAGCGAUCUACAGACAGUUCCUUAGACUUCAUGGUAUAGUUUCUGCUCUGAUAUGCACUGUCAACUGUGGGACCUUUAUAUAGACAGGUGUAUGUCUUUCUAAAUCAUGUCCAAACAAUUGAAUUGGCCACAGGUCACUACAACUUUGAGUCCACAUCUCACGAUCAAAGGAAAUUGGAUGCACCGGAGCUCAAUUUUGAGUGUCUUAGCAAAAGGGUGUGAAUACUUAUGUAAAUGAGAUUUCUGUAUUUCGUUUUCAAUAAAUGUGCUAAAAUCUCGGUGUGUGUGUGUGUGGCUGGCAGGCAGGCAGGCAGGCAGGCAAAGGAAAAACAUGUAUUCAAUCCAUUUUGAAUUCAGGCUGUAACACAACAAAAUGUGGAAUACGUCAAGGGGUAUAAAUACUUUUCUGAAGGUACUUUUUGCAAAAUUCAGAGGCCAUAUCCUGAUCUUAGAUCCAUUCACCAUGCUUGAACUUUUGUAAAUCUUUCUUUGCCUCCCAUUGAAAUAGGAUAUGGCUGUAAAAGAAUGCUCAAUUAGGGUGCAUUUAUUUUUUUCAAUAUUUGACUUUUGAUCAAAAAUUGACCCGUCUGGUACCAUACAAGACUGACCUAAUUGUUCAAAAGCGUAGCACUUACUAAGCAUCCAAUGUAUUAUUUUUCUUAUAUACCAUAACUACAGUACCUCAUAAAUUCAUAGAAAACCUAUUUGUAUUGGUUGUUGUUUUAGACCCCACCCCCUCUGUAGUUUUGCUUUGAAAACAGCCAUCAUACACUUGGCUGUUCUGACUCAGAAUCUAUGGAAUGUCAGACUGAGUUGUCAUAGAGUUGGGCAGACCCAUUGUAAAUGUAUUUGACUGAAAUGUGCAAAUUUGAAAUGUUUAUCUAUAAUGUAUCCACUGCAAAUGCUAGUUUUAUUUUAUUAACUAGUAAAAUCAUUGACCUUAUAUGAAAAAGAAUGGCCUCAAACCCUUGCUUGUGUAAUUUCACCAACUUGUUUAGCUUUUGUGUGAUAUUCAACUAGUUCAGAGAUCUAGAAUUGUAACAAUGUUCAGGGUUCUAGAAAUGUAAGAUGUGUGAGAGGUAUUUGGUGUAAUUAAUGACAAUGGUUAAAUAUGCACUGAUAGUCUUUCUUAUCAGCUUUUUCACAAAUUAUUGUUCUAGAAAAAACGAUAAAGCUCUCUACAGGUUGUCCCUUUGCUCCUCUGGAACUAGUUCUGUUAGGUUCAGAGGUAUAUCUGGCUGGAGUAAAGUAGAUUUGAAUGCUCGCUCCCAUAUUGUCCAUAUUGAUGUACCUCAGUUGUGACGUUACUGUGUGACCCUUAGCAGUGGUGGGUUGUGUCCCCUUAAACAGGGGACCUGAACCCCAUGUUGCUGACCUUUUCAGCUCACUAAUAAGCUCACCGAUUUGCCUUACCCAAUCUAACCCUAUCACUUAAGUACUUGUUUAUUGGAACACUUCAAGGAGAGAUGUAGACAUGACUUUCUUGUAACUGAGAAAUAAAUCAAAUCAAGUGUUUCCAUGUUAGGGUGCUUCUCUUCAAAGUGGCAUACUAUGUUGGUGGUUACAUGGUACACAUUUUCAACCGUUUCUGGUUUGUAUACAUUUAUUUUUUUCACAUUACCUUGUUGAAUCUUGAAAGCUUAUUUAAUUGCUCACUCCUGCAGAUGAUGUAAUACUUUAAGCAAAUGCAAGUGUAUAACAAUUGGGUAACCUUGUAAGCAUUAGAAAUGUGCAUACAUACAUUCAUGUCUGCUGUAUUUAUGAAUACAUUCAAGAAUGGCUUUAGACUGCUGUAGUAUUGUCUAUGUUAAUUCAACUGCUUCUCAGAGGCCUCUGUGAUUGACUUUGCAAAGUUCAAUAACUGUAUAUUUUGUAUUAUGUCCCAUCUCCAAAGGAAAGACCGAAAAUAAAAUGUUAAAAAGCUUUGUUCCCUGAACUAAAUUGUGCUACUUGUGUUGAGUCGCUUGAACAAAUUGCAUUCCUUGCUUGUGAAUGAGUUUUUUUCUCUUCUUUCCCUGAAUUUCCUCGCCGCCUUUCCGUCCUUAUUUCUUUCUUUUUUUUUAGCCUUUUGAAGUUUGAAAUAAAAUGUAUAGUUUGCAGAAUGUAUCACUAAAUAAAUGGGUUGUUACCUUG